CUCUUUGACAUUCAUUCAAUUUCAUUCAAAAUAUUUUUGUUAUUGAAAUUUAAGAAUGAGAGGAUAGGAUUCCUAAAUGACCAGAAACCUCUAUUCAGGAACAAAGGCCCUCGUUAUCACUAUUUCAAACAAAGAAAAUAAAUUUACACAAACUAUGAUAACAAUGUAGAAACUAUUUAUAUGAAAAGAUAAUAGCACAAUGCAAUAAAGAGUAAAUUACUGGUUUAUCAGUUGCAAUAAUGUAAAAUAACAGUUCAAGGCAUCGUAUCAAAGCUGCAAAAGAAGGAAGCAAUAACUGAAAACACCAUGGAGAAAAAAUUGAAAAGAAUGCCAAGUUUCAAUAAGGAAACCAAUUCUAUAUGGGCUGCAUGGCUACGAAUGGGCAACCGAGAAGUAUCUAGAGAAGCUGUAGCCAAAGGAACUCAUGUUGACCUAGCAAUAAAAUUUUUAUCAACCAGAAAUGAAAUUUCACAAGUAGAUGCUGAGACCUGGUUCAAGAACGAGGUCUUAACGUGGGUUCAGGAAUUGCUCAGAAGAAAACAAAUCCAUAAAUCGAAACAUAUCUUGAUUAAUGCAGGAUUUGAACCAUUGAAAGAAUUGCAUAAUAUUUUCUUCCUCACAAACUCUGUGGAAUUGAGAAAAUAUGUAGGCGACCAUUUGAUUGAACAGAAGUGCAUGGAUGAAAGUACCAAGAAUCUCUGGACUUUUCUAGAAAUAAUUCUUGUUAAUCGAAAUAGUGUUUCUAGUUUUUCACUUUGUGAAUCUCUUGCUGAUCUUUACAAAAAAAGUCCAGAGUGGCAUUCAAAAGUAUCAUCCAUUCUGUUUCUUCUAGUUUAUGAUGAUCAUUUGACUCCAUUCAUCAAACCUUUGGACCUAUUCAAAUAUCUAAUUUCUACUAGCGAUGAACUAAUCAAAUGUUGGAUUGCUCUUAGUUUUGGAAGUCCUGAAUGUCUUGAAAUCAAUUGCAAUCCAAAUGUGAUGGGAUUUUUCUCAAAAAAUAGUAUAACUGAAGAAAUGCUUCAAGUUUUGAAUUGUGAGCAUUUAGGAUUAACGAAAAAUUUGAAAGAGGAAAUAUUUAACGAGCUUUGUAAAUACGGUGUUUUCAUGAAAGAUGAAAAAUCAAAUCUGACCAAGCUUCUAAAAAGGUUCCUGAAAUUUGAUAUCUCAUCAAUUUAUGAUGUGUUACAAAUGGAAAAAUCUUCAGUUAAUAUAAAAGAUUUCAUAAAAAUGCUCAAUGAUUUUUGUGUAGACCAUCGUAGUUUAACUGUUCUGGCUGAAUGUUCCAAUUACCUUCCGUUAGAAACGUAUAAAAAUUCAAUAUCAUCACAUAUAGAUUUAUUGAUUCAGUAUAAAUCUUUGAAGUGGGAUUGUGAAGAAAGUUUGAGAACCAAUAUAAUGGCUACUAUAGAUUAUAUAAGAAAAUGUGAUUAUAAAGAGUACUUCGAAAAGAACCCACUAGUUUUAUGUAGCUUGAUAAUGUUUACCUCUGAUAUCAAAUUCCUUGAAGCCUUUGAUAAAAAAGUAAUUGUACAUGGGGUGGAGAUUUCUAAAUACUAUGAUGCAAUUCUCUCCAAGUUUGGAAUAAUUAGGAAAUUGGUCAGUACGAAUGAAGAAAAUGAAGCUUAUUGCAAUAAAAACUAUUACACUUUGGUAGAAAAACAUUUGAACAUAAAUAUAAAGAAAUUGUUUGAAUUCAGAUAUACAACUUUAGAGUUACCUCAUUUCAACUGUGAUAGAUUAGUACAAAAAUAUGGUUAUAAGAAAGAGUUGGAUUACAUUUUUUACCUGAGAGAAUUAAGACCAAGUAUAGCGUCAAAGUUGGUUAUUUUGGAAGAUGAACAUGUUCAAGAUUCAGGCAGUAAAGACGAAAGGAGAGAGAAGAAAGUAAAAAAAGUGUUCAAAACUGCUUUAAAUUGUUUCGAGGACAAAGAGCUCUGUUGUGCUUGCAUCAGUUUCCUAGAAAUGGUUGAUGUUCCUUCAAAUAAGCUGCGAAUUUAUUUGAAUGUUAUCGAAAUUUUGAACAGAUCCGGAUAUGAUUCUCAGCAAUGUAAAGAACUAUUCGAAUGUGCUUUAGAAAAAAACGAUUUUGAGAGCAUCGAAGAACUGUUGGAAAUUACUGUGUUAUCUGGCAUAGAUUUCUAUUUUCAAUGUGGAAGAGAUUUCAUAACUGCCAGGGAAAAAUAUGAAAUUGCAAUAGAAUUCUGUAGAGUUAACAACUCUAAACUACCUGAAGGUUUUUUGAAAAAUUGCGCUAUGAACAACGACUGGUUAUCCUUCAUGAUCUUCGCUCAGAUUCAUUGCUACCCAGCUGAUCAAAUCAAAGAAGUAUGCCAAUGUUUCAAAAACCCCUUUUAUCUCGAACAUAUCUUACACUGCGUCAGUUAUGAUAUUCAAGUGGAAGAAGAAAAUGCAUUGAUGAAAGGGAGGGACUCUCGAAAAGCUUUUCUAUCCAGGAUUGGAGUGAGAUUGAGCAGCAGCGAUUCUUCAGGAUCUUAUGACUCAUAUUCACUCAGAACUCAAUCAGUAACUAGGAGCGAUUCUUUGGACGUUUUGGAGAUCGAUAUAUUGAAUACUAAGGCGACAUUGCUUCAGACUUUGAUUCGGUGCCAUAACAGUGUCGAUCCCCCAAAGGCUCUGCUGCAAGCUUGUCAUAUGUACAGGCAUCCUAUCCUUGCCAUACUUGCCACAUGCUACGAGCCUGACUCAUUGCACACAAAUUGGUUGACAUGGCUGGUGGUUUCCUGUGAUCUUCACAGGAUUUAUAAAAAUGUUGAACAAAUUGUCUUGUUAGCUGGGACAACCAUGGAAGUUUUGAAUAAAGCAAUGGUUAAUAGAUUCCCAGCAACCCUGUUACGAAGUUUUCAAAUAUUUUUUCCUGAUAAUGGUUUGAAACAUUUCCUCAAGUUCCUACAUCUUGGUAUCCAACACAUAUUCGACCUAGACUUGAUGUCUAAGGAAUUAGCAACCUUCAAGAGGUCCCUGAAAGCCUGCAGAAAAUCGAGCAUCUUAUCAGAGUUAGAUAGGGAUGUUACAUAUCUUAACAACCGAUUUUGGAUAGAAGAAGCGGCGCUAAUUCUUAUGGCCUCAGCGCUUGAAUAUAACUUCAAAUCGACGUAUGAUCAAAUUACUUUUCUGAAGGUGAUAAAACAACUUGAAGUUCAAGAAUUGUUCUGCAUCGAUGUGCCAUCUUUUUCGUCUGUCUUGGAUAUAUUGACUGCCUUGUAUGAGAACGGUACCAGAAUCCGUCUGGAUUUGAACAGAGCGCUGAGUGCGAUUCAUCACAGAGAAGCCAUCAUAGAAUGUCAGAAUGACCUCCUUCAAGAGAAUAAUUUCAGUACUGCUUUGAAAGUGGCUCAAAUCGGAAGCUUACCAAGCGAUUUGGUCAUUUUAAUGGAGUGGGAAAACGAAUUUGGAAAAAGGAAGGACAAAACAAACUUUUGGGACAAUUGCAAUGAAUCUUUCAAAUUCCAUGGUGUAACUGCCGAUAGGGUCGUUGAAUUUUACUCCAAUUCGUUGGAUAAGAUAAGUGACGAAUUAGAGAAGUUUGAGGUUUCCAAAUUGGCUUACCAGUGGGCGAGGAAUUUCCAGUUAUCUUACCAGUAUGAACUGGAAAAGGUUAUGAUCUUAAAUUAUUUAAAACUGGAUGAGAAGUAUAAAAACCCCGAUUUGUUAGAUAUACAAAGUGAAACUCAUCUAUAUAAGGAUAUUGUGAGUAAAUUGGAUCAAUUAUCUGAAAACGAGAACUCAACGUCUGAUGAUGCUGAGUAUAAAGUUAACGAUAUCAUUUCUCUAGCACUAGACAAAGGUAAUUUUUUUUUGGCUUUGAGACUAGAGCGAAUGUUCUCUUGUAAAAGCGUCGAUUUGGAAAUAUUGAAGUUAUGCAACAGUUUGGCAGAAGGUCUGGUGAUGCCUUAUCAACUCAGCAUGAAGGAGAAGAUGUUGCUGAACAAAAAUUCCAACUUCAAGAGUUACAGUAGAAGAACUAUGUUUUCGAGUAGACUUUCGGGUCUAAGUCUGAUUUCCCCUUAUCAAUAUCCCUCCUCAUCGACACUUAUUGCGGAUUCAACUCAAGAAGUAGGUGGUGAGGAAGUAUUGAGUUUACUCAAAACCUUGUCUGAAAAAUUGGCGAACGGAUCUGAAAUAAUUUCAAAUAUCAUUCAGACAUAUCGAGUGAGUCUAUUGACUCAGGUGCCUUAUCACGUUGUUCUUUCCAACCCUGAUCCGAAUUUCUUGAAAAACGCUCUCGAUAUAGAUUGUUUGUCGAAAUUGGAUCUAGUUCAUGAUUUUGUUUCUAUUCAUAAAUGGAGCAGGGAACAGAUAUCUGACUUGAUCUGCGAGCAGUUGAUAAACCACUUACAGAACCAUAUCCAAUCCAAAACUGAUGUUCCCAUGAUGUGGGACUUGAAUCUAAACACCCAUUUCCACUACAUAUUACGCCUUUUCCAACAAGACUGUUCAAUAUUGGGCAGAAAAAUAUUCAACUAUGCUCAAGUCCUAUUCAUAUCUCACAUGUCGUCUACUAAUGAAAUAAAAAUGAAUGAAUUAAAGUUCAUACUAGAGCUGAUGAUAAAAGCUAAUGACUGCUUCACAUCUGAUUGUAAUAUGCAGGGAAUAUCUAACGUUUUGACGCAAUGUCGGAAAAUUAUAAAUUAUUUGGUUUCUUUGAGGAGCUGGAAACUCAUUGUUAGAUUACUGACUGGAAUCGCUAGAUAUUCAGAAAUGAACUACGUCUUCCAAAUCCUGAAAGAUAAUGAUCAAUUCGAGUAUCUUCUUAUGAAAGGCUCGAAUAGGGAUAACUCUUUGAAAAUCGCCUUGUUAUCUUAUUUGAAGAAGAAUUGUCCUGCCGAGAAGGAUUUAUACAAAAUGGUCGCAUUGCACUUUGCAAUGUUCUCUGAAGUAGCUCUCUUGUGGGAAAAUGACGCAGUUGGAGUAAUCAAGAAUCUCAUCGAUAUUUCGAAAUUAGAGAUGCAGAACUACAAAAUUAAUCCAGACACUGAACCAUAUGUUUUAUUCACCAACACUGAAGGGACUAAGCUGUGCCUAUCCAAGGCUAUGGAAAAUUACACAUAUGCUACAGAGUUUCAUUUGCAAGGUGAAAAAUUGAUGAAAGCUAUGCAUACAGCCAAGCAAGCUGAACUUAUAGCCUUGCAGUUAUCUCUGUUCAGUGGUUUGUCUCCUUCUGAUACAGCAGUGUGCCUUUUAGAUUUAGAGGAAAGUCAAAUUGUCAAUUUGAUUUCAUCUCAAUUAGGUUUCGAACAGUCACUAAUUGUGGUGGAGGCCUAUGAUUACAAUCCAGACUGGGCAGCAGUUUUGCUGAAACAAUGUGUUCUGCAGAACAACACCAACUACCUGGAACAAUUUCUGAAUCAUCUUCCUUUGACUGAAGCCCUUAUAAGAGAUAUUUCAAAGCGUUUUAUCUCCAUGUACGCCGUAAUCACCCCAGAGGGCGUGAAAAAUAUGAAAGAAAUCCUAAAUAAACUGCCUUCCGUACAUGCCAAAUACCAAAUUGCUAGUGAAUUAAGUUUGAACGAUAUUGUGGAGGAUUUGUUGAAUACUGGACAGCUUUGUUAUUUGAAAGAUACAGUUUGGAAAAGGGGUUACCGAAAUUCAUAGCAGUAUUCUUGUAUUUUUCUAUGUUGUAGUAAUAUUGAUUUUAUUUUUUGUUAUUAUUAAUGAGAUUUAUUUACAGAUGACUGGUUUAUUUUUGUUAAUUUGACAUUUUAAAUUUUAGAACUGUUGUAAUAAUAAUGAUCAGUAAUAAUAAUUUAAUUGUAUAAUUGUAUAUUGUAUAUCUACAAAAAACGAAAAGUAAAAUAAAUUUUGCUACAUUGA